AUGAUCAAUGUUAAGAAGUUUGAGGAGAUCAAAGGAUCCAUUCAGGCGGGGUUGGAUAAUAUCAACAAGCGGUACAAUCAUAUCGGUGAUAAUGAUGCUCUGUUCAUUUGUAUGGUACUUGAUCUGAACUACAAGACGGCAUACUUCGAAACCGCAUGGGACCCAUCUGAAUACCAAGCUGGGCUGGACGCAUUAGAUAACACGGUAAGUGAGAUCGUUGUUCCGGUUGCUGCAGGUUCUGUUGUAAGUACUGCUAAUACUUUGGCAUCUUUACGUCCCACCCAGCAUGGCAACAGUUGGAUGCGCAGCAUGAUCCAGGCUCACCGCAAUGAGGAUGGUGCAAUUCGUGAUCCUUGUGCUGAACUUAGAUCAUAUCUGUCGGACCCGUUGCCUUUAGAGGACACAGAGAUUCACGAUAUUGUUGCGUGGUGGGGGUUGAACAUGCACCGGUUUCCAACUUUGGCACGUAUGGCCCGUGACUACCUUGCCAUUCAGGGUUCGGCUACUGCGUCUGAACGGGCAUUCUCCAGCAGGGCACUGACGGGUACAAAGCAUCGCAACCGCUUAUCUCCGAAGCUCUUUGAAGCGCUCCAGAUCUUGAAGAGUGGAUACCACAACAGACAUAUUGCAGCAAGUGACGAGGCUCGUGCUCAUGCUGUGAAUGAAUUUGAGCUAAAUGUCUUGGAUGGUGACAACGACAAUGUAUUUCUCAUUGAAUAG